AUGGGUGGUGAAAUGGUAUAUAUAUUAGAUCAACGUUUAUCAGCUCAAGAAAUUGUUGAUCAAAAAGCAGCUAAAGUGAUAAAUGAUAUUGUCGGUGCGAUGUUUAAUAGUAAAUUUGUUGAUGAAGUUUUUCGACCACAAGAACUUUAUCCAAAAAAAUCUGUUAAACAUAUCUUCGAAAAAUUAGCUCAUUCAAGCAUUAUGAGAUUAAAUGAAGCUAGUAUGGAUAAGGUGAGUGAUUUUAUCCAAUGA